AGGGUUAAGGGGAUCUCACUAACCCCUCCUUCCUGCUGCUCCUGGUUAGGGAGGGUGAAGACAGAAUAGCCAGUGGAGCAAGCACCCAGAAGGAGGAGCAGAAGGGCCAGAAGCUACAAACAGAAGAGAAGACAGGAUCCACUUCUCACCUCUUCCCAAGCUGCCUGCCAGCGCAUUUCCUUGGCAGCCAGGGCAGCGCGUCUUCAGGGCUCACAGGUCGCUGUGCACGACUCGGAGAAGAGCACAGGGCUCUGGGCACUGGACCCGGCUCCGCAGCUGGUACAGGAGGGAACAUGGCGGGCCAGCGGGCACUGCUGCUAGCUGGCUUUCUUCUGUCUGGGUUCCUGCUCCCAGAGGCCGCCGAAAUUCUGACUGUAUCCUCACUGGGUGGAAGCCAUUAUCUACUGCUGGACCGGGUAUCUCAGAUUCUUCAAGAUCAUGGUCAUAAUGUCACCAUGCUUCUUUAUGGAGGAGAUUAUUUAAUCCCAAAAAAGAAGGAAAAUGCAUACCAAGUUAUCAGUUGGCUUCUACCUGAGCAUCAUGAAAAAGAAUUAAAGAAACAUUUUGAUUUCUAUAUUGAAGAAGCUUUGCAUGGCAGGUUAGAAAAAUAUCAGUCUGGGGAUUCUAAUAUUACCAUCACAAAGUUCCUUGUUUCAGGCAAUUUCUCAAAUGCAGACUAUAUAAAAUUUAAAGAAAAAAAUGGGCUAUAUUAUCAAUACCGAUGGACUCUGCUGCCAAGUUACUUCCACAGAGAAGCAUUUGACACCUUUGUAAAGUUAAUGGAACAACUGGGGAUUCAAUGCAGUGAUUUGCUAAGGAGAAGUGAUAUCAUGGAUUCUUUAAAAAAUGAGAACUUUGACCUGGUAUUUGUUGAAGCAUUUGACUUCUGUUCUUUCCUGGUUGCUGAGAAGCUUGGGAAGCCAUUUGUGUCAAUUCUUCCCACCCCAUUUGGCAGUGUGGACCUUGGGCUACCAAACCCGGUGUCUUAUGUUCCGGUGUUCCAUUCCUUGCUAACCGACCACAUGGACUUCUGGGGCAGAGUGAGGAAUUUUCUGAUGUUCUUGGACUUCUUCUUAAGGCAAUGGCGAAUCCAGUCUACAUUUGGCAACACCAUCAAGGAACAUUUCCCGGAAGGCUCUAGGCCGGUUUUGUCUCAUCUUCUAAAGAAAGCAGAGCUAUGGUUUGUUAACUCUGACUUUGCCCUUGAAUUUGCUAGGCCCCUGCUUCCCAACACUGUGUAUGUUGGAGGCUUAAUGGCCAGACCUGUUAAACCAGUACCACAAGAAUUUGAGAAUUUUAUCAGCAAGUUUGGAGACUCUGGUUUUGUUCUUGUGGCCCUGGGCUCCAUGGUGAGCACCUAUCAGUCCCAGGAAGUUCUCAUGGAGAUGAACAGUGCCUUUGCUCAUCUCUCCCAAGGGGUGAUAUGGAAGUGUAAGCCUUCUAAGUGGCCCACAGACGUCAAAUUGGCAGCAAAUGUGAAAAUCGUGGACUGGCUUCCUCAGAAUGACCUCUUGGCUCACCCACGAAUCCGUCUUUUUGUCACCCAUGGUGGGUUGAAUAGCAUAAUGGAGGCCAUCCAACAUGGUGUGCCCAUCGUGGGGAUUCCAGUCCUUGGAGACCAGCCUGAAAACAUGGUCCGAGUAGAAGCCAAGAAGUUUGGUGUCUCUAUCCAGUUAAAGCAGAUCAAGGCAGAGACAUUGGCUCUGAAGAUGAAGGAAGUCAUAGAAGACAAGAGGUACAAGUCAGCAGCGGUGGCCGCCAGCAUCAUCAGGCGCUCCCACCCCCUGACCCCUGCCCAGAGGCUGGUGGGCUGGACCGACCACAUCCUCCAGACAGGGGGUGCAGCCCACCUCAAGCCCCAUGCCCUGCAGCAGCCGUGGCAUGAGCAGUACCUGCUGGACGUCUUCUUGUUCCUGCUGGUGGUCACCCUGAGCACCCUGUGGCUCUGCGGGAAGCUGCUGGGUAUGGUGGCCAGGUGGUUGUGUGGGGCCAGGAAGCUGAAGAAGGCUUGAUGGGGGUGCAUCCUUGAUGGGUAUUUGAGAAGCCACUGGUUCUACAAAGUCUCCAACCAUAAAGGAAACCCCUAGUGUCUCCCUGUAUUCCACCUGAUGGUGGCACAUAAAUUGCUCUUCAAUGCUGCCUGUGUUUAAAAAUUCUUGGGACAUCUGGGUGGCUCAGCUGGUUAAGCGUCUGACUUCAGCUCAGGUCAUGAUCUUGCAGUUUGUGAGUUCGAGCCUCACUUUGGGCUCUGUGCUGACAGC